CACUUUCCUGCUUGGAACAGCGUCGAGCCGUCCAAGCGAAACUCCUCAGCAGCGUCUGAGCCAAUCUAGCUUCAAGGCUACCCAACCCAGCGGUGCCUUUGUCUCCACAAACGACAACCUCAGCCCAUUCCCAAGGCGCCAUUUCUUCAUCAAGUACCCAGACAUCAUCCAACGCAGUUCGCCAAGAUGUUCGCUCGUCUGUGAAUAACGCGGCCUCGUCCUCGUCGGCUACUCGCUCUAUCGGUCAACAACCGUCGCAACCACUUGAAACAUCAGUUUCGAGUUCAUCUCAACAACCUUUACACCAUGGCCUAAAUCAACAAUCAAACCGUCUUCGGACGACUGUAUUCCAAUCCUCAAAGGAUCUUGCAGCCCACUAUGGCAUCCCACAACUUUUGCCGCCAGCGCCUCGCACAACACCACGUCAGCCAGUACCAGCAGCACAGCAUCAGCAACAGCUUUUCGAUUUUGAAUCACUUAAGAACUCGUACCUCAACAUGCUCGCAUCCAACUCCGCAGAUUCCCCAGCAACAUCCACAGCUGAUACUGCGAUGACGGUUCCACAGCAACCCGCCCCCGCCGCGGCUCCGCCCGCAGAGGCACCGGCCUAUAACCAUCAGGAGCUCGAGGACCUGGUGAACAUGAUAGUCUCUUCGCCAGAGUUCAAGGACGCCUUCGAUUUCUCUUCCCCUUCGAUGGAUCCUGAACAGUACCUCACCUCGCCCAUGCCCGCCUUGGGCCACGACUUCGACGAGCCUUCGCCGAAGGAAACCCCUUUGAACGAUCUCCUCAGCACUCCCCUCUUCGAGAACACCGACUCGCCCCUCCUCACCGACCAACACGACUUUGACAUGUCUGGCGGCGAUCCCCUUUUCGCAUCCUACACGAUGCCGCUCUUCCCCGACACUGUCUCAAAGCCUCUUCCAGCGACCAAGCCCCAGGUCGACUUUGACGGUCUCCUCGCCUUCUCCCCCGACAACCAGCCACUCGACUCUUUCUCAUCCUCUGUGUACUCGCCCGCUUCCCGCCAGUCCUCACUCGCCCCCCAGACUCCUGUGGUGGGCUCAGCACCAACAAAGCCCGCCACUCGUCGGCGAUCCAACGCUACCGGAACCCGCAAGGGUAUCACGCCCGAGUCCCUCGUUCCCCUCGACGCUCCCACACAACCCCGCAAGUACGCCACUCCCUCGGCGACUUCUCGGAAGGAGCUACCCGCCGUGUUCGCUCGCAAGAGGGCACGGUCGCAGGCGUUCGACGAGGAGGAGGACGAGCUCCAGGAGGCUCCUCCCGGUCCCAACGCUACCGAGCGGGAGCAGAUCGAGUGGAAGCGGCGACAAAACACCUUGGCUGCUCGCAAGAGCCGCAAGCGGAAGCUCGAGUACCAGCAAAAGCUAGAGUCGGACGUUGAGAGGCUUACCCAGGAGAGGGAUAACUGGAAGACCCGGGCGCUCACUCUGCAGUCGUUGCUCGUCUCUCAUGGGAUUCGGUUCAAUGAAUUCCAGGAUUGAGGACGAUCGUAAAAGCUUUUAAUUUUUCUUUUCUUCUUUGUGCAAAGGCAUGCAUACUCUUUGAUAUAUCCAUGAUGUUAUUUUCUUUAUGUUUUAUCGUAUCGUUUGUUGUAUCUCGUUCUUUGGUUCUUACCGUUUCUACUUACUUUUAGUUCAUUGCUAUGGUCAUUUUUGUUUCUCUAUGAUUUUCGUGCUUGAUUGUUACAGACGUUUGUCGGGAGAUGUAGUUGUCGAAUCGCAUCCCCCUCUGUCGUGUCGUGUCCUCUUGUCAUCGUCGUCCCCCCUCGGUGCUCCGUUGUACCAUUAUCAUCAUCAUCAUCGUCAUCUAUCAUUAUCUUCCCCCUUCGCCAUUUCACUUGUAGGAGCACCGUCGUACCCACUCCAUCCUUACCAUCUUGUAGUCCAACCUACAUACUUACCACGUACACAUACAUAAAGAAAUAAAGAACGUUUCAUCGCGUUCA